AUGCGCAGCCCCACCCCCAGCGGCGCCAUGGGGGCGUGUCCGGUUCCCGCCAGCCCCUCCACGUCAAUCAGUCCUCCUCUCACACUCGGCACCUUGUUGUUAAUCUCCAUCCGCAGCUCGCGCGGCAGCCGCCUCCUCUUUUCCCCCGGCCCGGGGGCUCGGAACGUGGGCAUCGUGAGUGAGAGAAAGAACCGGAAGGCGGCGGGGGCCGAGGCCGCGGCCUCAGCGAGCAGGCGGAGUCCAGCACCAAGUUUCACCCGCGGCGGCGGGCUCAGGUCGGAGCCGCGGAGUCGGGCGCCGCGGAGCCGUCUCAGUGAGCCUUGGGAGCGGGGCCGCCCCGCCGCGGCCUCCGCCUCGGCCCUCCCCACGGCCCGGCCGCCCCGCGCCCCUCCCGGCCGGUGCCUGUCCCCGCCGGCGGGCUGCCUGCAUGUCUUGGCUGCCCUCAGCCCCGCCGCCCCCGCCGUCCCCGCCGCCGCCGCCGCGUCGCCUCCCCCGCUUGCCUCGCCGCCGCCGCCGCUGCCGCCGCCUGGAGCUCGGCGCGCUGAAUGCAGACUAACAGGGAUGCCAAAAGAAAAAUAUGAUCCCCCAGAUCCUCGCAGAAUUUACACCAUCAUGUCAGCAGAGGAGGUAGCCAAUGGAAAGAAAUCUCACUGGACAGAAUUAGAAAUUUCUGGUAGAGUGCGGAGCUUAAGUACAUCACUUUGGUCAUUGACACACUUGACAGCUCUGCACCUAAAUGACAAUUAUCUUACUCGCAUUCCACCUGAUAUUGCCAAGCUUCAUAAUUUGGUUUACUUGGAUUUAUCAUCCAAUAAACUCAGAAGUUUACCAGCAGAACUAGGAAACAUGGUGUCUCUCAGGGAAUUGCUUUUAAAUAACAAUCUGUUACGGGUUUUGCCUUAUGAACUUGGUCGGCUCUUUCAGCUACAAACCCUGGGUUUAAAAGGCAAUCCUUUAUCACAGGAUAUUCUCAGCUUAUACCAGGACCCAGAUGGAACCCGAAAGCUACUGAACUACAUGCUUGACAAUCUAGCAGUUCAUCCAGAGCAGCUUCCUCCGAGGCCAUGGAUUACGCUAAAAGAACGAGACCAAAUUCUGCCCUCAGCAUCAUUCACGGUUAUGUGUUAUAAUGUGUUAUGUGAUAAAUACGCCACCCGGCAGCUAUAUGGCUACUGCCCAUCCUGGGCAUUAAACUGGGAGUACAGGAAAAAGGGAAUUAUGGAAGAAAUUGUUAACUGUGAUGCAGAUAUCAUUAGUCUUCAGGAAGUGGAAACAGAGCAAUACUUCACCCUCUUUCUGCCAGCAUUAAAGGAGCGUGCAUAUGAUGGAUUUUUUUCUCCAAAGUCACGUGCCAAAAUCAUGUCUGAGCAGGAGAGAAAACAUGUGGAUGGUUGUGCAAUAUUCUUCAAAACAGAAAAAUUCACACUGGUGCAGAAGCACACAGUAGAGUUUAACCAAGUGGCCAUGGCAAAUUCUGAUGGAUCUGAAGCCAUGCUGAACAGAGUCAUGACAAAGGAUAACAUUGGUGUGGCUGUGGUUUUAGAGGUCCACAAAGAAUUGUUUGGCGCAGGUAUGAAGCCUAUUCACGCUGUCGACAAACAGCUUCUUAUUGUGGCAAAUGCUCAUAUGCAUUGGGAUCCAGAAUAUUCUGAUGUGAAACUCAUCCAGACUAUGAUGUUUGUCUCAGAAGUUAAAAAUAUCCUGGAGAAAGCCUCUAGCAGGCCUGGUAGCCCAUCUGCAGAUCCUAACUCUAUCCCGCUGGUGCUAUGUGCGGAUCUUAACUCAUUGCCAGAUUCAGGUGUUGUCGAGUACUUGAGCAGUGGAGGAGUGGCUGACAACCACAAGGACUUUAAGGAGCUGCGCUAUAAUGAGUGUCUAAUGAACUUCAGCUGCAGUGGGAAAAAUGGUACCUCGGAAGGAAGAAUCACACAUGGCUUCCAGCUCCAGAGCGCCUAUGAAAAUAACUUGAUGCCUUACACAAAUUACACUUUUGACUUCAAAAAUGGUUAUCAUUUCAGUACUAAGUGUCAUCCCUGGAGGAACAGUGUUUCUACUUUUUUGUUGGACACUCUCAGACUCAAUCACCAGCUGCUUUAUUUUUCUAUUUAUUACAUUUGUCCAGUUGAUGAGGUCUGGAAACUAUUGACCACGCUGCUCAGCCAAGGUAUUUUUCACAGUAGACACUGUACAACUUGUGCGUGCAGGAGGACACAGUUGGGUGUUGGUAUUUUUUUAUUAAUGUGAAAAAUGACUAAACAAAGCAGUCCUGCCUUUGAAAUCUUGUGGCAGCUCAGAAGGGAGGUGCUUAUGAACCUUAACUACUAUGUCAAAUCACAAAACUACUUUUUUUUCCAUUUUGGAGAUUGGGUACUGCUCACACAUGCUGUCUAGGGGUAAAUAUCUGCUUGUCUCCUUGCACCUGUGUACUUUCCCUUUCUGUCCCUGCCCUUUCCUCACCCCUGUAGGCAAUAAAUGGCCAUUUUGCAACUGCA